AUGGAAACUGAAUAAAUUAUAUCUUAGCAAUAGUAAACUUAACCAUAGUAAACUUAAAGAUAAGUAAGGAAUCCAGAAAUAAUUCUUGAUGAUUUCUUAGCAAUAAUUUAUUCUAACUCAAAGAUGAAUGAUAUUCUAAAUCAAUUGAAUUAUGAAGAUCCUAAUAAAUUAUUAUAAGAAAUUAGUAUAACAAAUAUAGAUACUAAUUCUGAAAAGAAAUUAGGAAAAUGGAGAGAAGAAUCCUUAUUAUAAUUAUUAAAAAGAAUAAUAAAUAAAAGAUCAGAAAUAAAUGUUUAAGUAUUGGAUUAUAAUCAUUCAUCAUUCUAGAAAUACUUAAUUUUGGUUCAUUAUAAAAAUUAAUUUGAAAUUCAAUUCAUCUAAGUUAAUGAAAGGGAUACCUUUAUUAAAAAGAAAUAUCUCAGUUAAAUUUUAUUCUAGUUAUUCAAAACAUUUUCUCAUGAAUUUGGAACAUUAUUAAAUUAUCUCUUGGCAUUAUCUUAAGUAGCAAUAGAUCGAUUCCCAAAUUAAAUAGGAUUCUUCUAACCAAUUAAAUCAACAGGAUAGAUAAUGCAUCAUUUUGUAUAAGACAUGGUAGACUAUAGUGAUAUAUUAAAUAAGAAAUUUUAAUUGUAAUUUGCACUUGUUGAUGUAGAAGCCUUACUUUAAGAAGUUAUAGGAUUCUAUUAAAAAUAAAUAGAAGAAAAGGGUCUAAAUAUAACAUAUUAAAUUAUAUUAGAAGAGAAGUCUAAAUUCUUUGAUGGACGAAGAUGUAAAUAAGUAUUGAGUAAUCUAAUUGCAAAUGCUUAAAAGUUUACUGUUUCAGGGGGAAUAAAGAUUAAUGUAACUGAACAAUCAGGAUACACUAUAUUUUCAGUAGAAGACAGUGGUUUCGGAAUGAGCUAAGAAACAUUUAACAAUCUAAAUUAAGCUUUAGAAAAUGAAUUUAAAUCAGAAGAAAAGAUUUCUUAACAUACUGCUGGAUUUGGUUUAGGUUGUUAUCUAUCUCAAUAAAUUGCUUUAAAAUUAUCUAAUUUAUCAGUAUUAGCAGGUGGAGGUCUAAAAUAUGUAAGAUUAGAAAAAGGUAUAAGAGUUUCUUUUCGAGUAAAGAAUCAACCUUUUGAAAUAUUUUAUACAAGUUGUGAUAUAUCUUCUGCAAAAUCUGGAAUAUUAUUUAAUGAAAAUGGAUAUUUCGAUUCUCGUUAAUCAGUGAUAGACUUACAAAUUACAAAUAAACAUAAACCUGUUGAAAAUCAUAUAUUAUUAACAAUGACUAAAAAAUCAGGUUUAUUAUCAGCUUCAUUCUCACCAAAUUACAUUAUUGAUUAUGUAGAAUAGGAAUUAAAAUAAGAAAAUGAAAUUAUUGAAAGAAUGAAAUAAUCUCCUCAAAUUAGAAAAAGGGAAGGUUAAAAAAAAUCACCUACUUUUGGAGCUUCUGUUGUUGACAUAACAAGUGUCAAAACAAUUAGAGAAUAACCUCAUAUUUUAAUUGUUGAUGAUGAAAUGAUUAACAUUAUUAGUUUGAAGAUUUUACUUAAUCAAUUUAAUAUUAAAUGCACUUCUGCUUUUAAUGGAUUAGAAGCAUUAAAUAAAAUGUAAGAAUGUAUAAUAUAUUUUUAUAUAAUAAAGCUAAUGAAAAAUUCGAUGUGAUUUUUAUGGAUGUUAAUAUGCCUAUUAUGGAUGGCUUUUAGGCUACAGAAUAAAUUCUAAAAUUUGAUAAUGAUAAUAUUAUUGUUGCAUGUACUGCCUUUAGUGAUGUCGAAACUAAAACUAAGUGUUAUUCUGUUGGAAUGAAAUACUAUAUUAAUAAACCUGUUACAAAGUUAGAACUCUAGAAGUUGUUGAAUCACUUGAAUUUAAUUAUAUAAUGA